AUGGGGCGACUCGCGCCUGUGCUCGACUUCCCCCAAGCGCUGGUGGUUAGCACAGCGCCGCUGGUGUAUUUGAAAUUCCUGCAGACGCUCCACCGCUCGGUGUCCCGCGUGUCCAGACACCACGCCGAGGGCCUGGGGAACCUCCUGAAGUUUGUCGGCGCGACCUGCUUCGCGGUGGGCCACGGCCUGCAGUGUCUGCACAAGGGCUCUGCUGAGUACACGGACUGGGGCUACAUCCUCGCUUGCACGCCCUGCUUGAACCUGGCCUUUGGCGGCGCGCUUCUGGGUAGGCCCUACCCCUCGGCGCUGCUGGCCUCAGGGCUGCUGCUGCACGUGGCCUACGACCCCCUGCUGCUGCGCGCCUGGCGCGCCGGCGCGGAGAAGCUGCUGCCGGGCAUCGGGGUGGCGGCUGCGAUGCUGCUGACGUGGCUGGGCACCGUGGCGACGCUGCUGGAGCACUCGGUGCUGAGCAGCUCGCCGCUUCUGCCCGUGCCAGUCUACGCCAUGAUGACAUGCUGCAGCUUCGGGCUCGGGAACUCCGUGAAGCUCCAGCGCCUGCUGUCGGCCAAGGAGGCUUGUAACAAGGCGUUCCUGGGCCAAGUGCUGAAGGUCUUUGCCUCCAGCCUGCUGCUCACGGGCAACGGCUUGGGCCUGGGCUGGCACAAGCUGCGCGUGCGGAGGCAUGCCUGGAUGUGCUCCGUGGUGCUUGCAGCCUGCCUGCGCACUUUUGCCGCGAAGGCGGCAGAGAAGCAGCAGAAGCAGACAGAGAAAUGCCAGUGA